AUGUGGACUGAGGUAGCAAAAACUGGAAAAGGCAAGAAAAAGGCUCAACCAGUUAACAAAGAUAGAUUCAUUAGUAAGAUGUAUGGUGGCAUUGGCCACUAUGAAGAUAUGCAGAAAUCGAUGCUUAAAAUCGUAGUGCUUGGUUGGGAAUUUAACUACCCUUUUUAG